CGGACUGAGGAGGACAGGUAGCCUGUAUCCUGAAUUUUUUUUGCAAAUAAUUAUUCCGGAUAAUAAUGCAGUCUUCCAAGAGGAGCGAGAAUGACUGGCAGGGGCUGGUGAGCGAGUUCCUGGUGUGUAAGCGGAAGCUGGAGAGUAAGAAGGAGGCUCUGCUCAUCCUGUCUAAGGAGCUGGACACCUGUCAGCAGGAGAGGGAUCAGUACCAGCUGAUGGCCAACCAGCUGAGGGAGCGCCACCAGGGACUGAAGAAGAAGUACAGGGAGCUCAUCGACGGUGACCCUUCUUUGCCACCAGAAAAACGCAAUCAAGUGAACCUGGCUCAGCUGCUGAGAGACUCCAGGGAACGAGCCAAAAAGCUGACAGAGGAGGUGAAGGAGCUGGCGCAGAGGCUGACGGAGGCCCAGGAGGACAGCAAGGUGAG